UUAAAAAUAAUUUCAGUUCAUACUCGUUCGAACUUUCUCGACUCCUCCUUAUAAUUUCAGUUCAUACUCGUUCGAACUUUCUCGACUCCUCCUUUCGAAACUUUUGGCAAAUUCGUGUUUUCCCUUCUCUGCUUCGUUCAAACGAAGAUUGAUCAUGUCGUUUUUCAGAGGUCUUUCAACUCUGUCAAAGCUGCGAUCUCGAGUUGGCCAGCAAUCAUGUCUAAGCAGUUCAGUAAGAUGGAUUCAGAUGCAAAGUUCCUCUAACCUUGACCUUCGUUCAGAGUUACAAGAACUGAUUCCUGAACAACAGGAACGACUGAAGAAGAUAAAGAAAGAAUGUGGAAGUGUCCAGCUGGGGAAUAUCAAUGUUGACAUGGUAUUGGGCGGAAUGAGAGGAAUGACUGGUUUACUUUGGGAAACUUCCUUACUCGACCCAGAAGAGGGUAUCCGGUUCAGGGGUUUGUCUAUACCUGAAUGCCAGAAACUUUUACCCGCUGCAAGUGCUGGUGCAGAGCCAUUGCCUGAAGGUCUUCUUUGGCUUCUUUUAACCGGAAAGGUUCCUAGCAAAGAGCAAGUAGAUGCUCUAUCAGCAGACUUACGAAAACGUGCUUCUAUCCCAGACCAUGUGUACAAAACAAUUGAUGCUCUACCUAUUACGGCUCAUCCAAUGACUCAGUUUUGCACUGGUGUUAUGGCCUUACAGACUCAAAGCGAAUUUCAGAAGGCAUAUGAGAAAGGGAUCCAUAAGUCAAAGUUUUGGGAGCCAACAUAUGAGGACUGCCUUAGUUUGAUUGCUCAAGUUCCUGUUGUUGCAGCUUAUGUUUAUCGGAGGAUGUAUAAAAAUGGACAAGUAAUACCGCUGGAUGACUCCCUUGAUUAUGGUGGAAAUUUCGCACACAUGUUGGGAUUUGAUAGCCCUCAGAUGCUUGAGCUGAUGCGGCUUUAUGUCACAAUUCACAGUGAUCAUGAGGGUGGAAAUGUUAGUGCACACACUGGCCAUUUGGUGGGUAGUGCACUUUCAGAUCCUUAUUUGUCAUUUGCAGCAGCAUUAAAUGGUUUGGCUGGCCCACUCCAUGGAUUAGCCAACCAGGAAGUCCUGCUGUGGAUUAAAUCAGUUGUUGAUGAAUGUGGAGAGAACAUCUCGACAGAGCAGUUGAAAGAUUAUGUUUGGAAGACACUAAACAGUGGCAAGGUUGUACCUGGAUUUGGUCAUGGAGUAUUGCGGAAGACAGAUCCAAGAUACACAUGCCAAAGAGAAUUUGCGUUGAAGCACUUGCCUGAUGACCCAUUUUUCCAAUUGGUGUCAAAGUUGUAUGAAGUGGUGCCUCCUAUUCUAUUAGAGCUUGGAAAGGUAAAGAAUCCAUGGCCUAAUGUUGAUGCUCAUAGUGGAGUUUUGCUGAACCACUAUGGUUUGACAGAAGCAAGAUAUUAUACGGUUUUGUUUGGGGUAUCAAGGAGUCUUGGAAUAUGCUCACAGCUUAUAUGGGACCGAGCUCUUGGCUUGCCGCUAGAGAGGCCAAAGAGUGUCACUAUGGAAUGGCUUGAAAAGUUUUGUAAAACAAGAGCAUAACAUUGAUGACAUAUCAACUCACUGUUGUUCUUUGUUGAAUCUACAAUAAUAUAGUUUGAGGGACAAGAAAGAAUUUUAUUUUCGGAGAUGAGAGAUAAGCGAGGACUCAGAAACAUAGUUUUCUUUGUCUCUUGCAUGAGGUUUGCGUUUUAUAUUUUUCACUUGUAAAUAAUUUGUAUGGUUUCUUGAUCAAAACAUGAGAUAAAGAGUUUUCAUAAAGGAACAGUAAUAUAUUUUUGCAGAUAUAA